GUGGAAUCUGGAAACAAUCAGGAGAGGGAAGUUGAGUAAUGACAGAGAAGUUGCUGGUCUAUGGCCAGGAAAGUCAUGCCUUGAGAGAAUGCCGCAGGAUGUGGACUUGCUCACAGCCGAUUGUUCAAAGAAGACAGUUGGUUAUGGGACAGAAGAGCCCGGUUUGGGGUUGUCUGAGAUUUCUUCGCCAGUUGCCUCUGUGGUGGACAGAAGUGCUGCUAACCAGACGCCAUUAUUCAGAGUGUCCACCCUGGAGCCAUGGUCCAUGCUUUCCUCAUCCACACCUUGCGGGCUCCACAGGCCCAGGACACGGGCCUUUGCCGAGUGCUCUACUCCUGCGUCUUUGGUGCUGAGAACUCACCGGAUGACCCACGACCACGUGGUGCUGAGAGGGACAGGCUCCUCCGGAAGGAGCAGAUUUUGGCUGUGGCCAGGCAGGUGGACUCCAUGUGCCGGCUGCAGCAGCAGGCAUCUGGCCGGACCCCCAUGGACCUGCAGCCUCAGUCAUCAGAUGAGCCAGUGCCCCUGCAUGAGGCCCCCCUUGGGGCCUUCCGCCUGGCAGCAGGGGACCCUUUUCAGGAGCCUCGGACAGUGGUAUGGCUGGGUGUGCUCUCAUUAGGAUUUGCCCUGGUACUGGAUGCCCACGAGAACCUGCUGCUGGCUGAGGGCACACUCCGGCUGCUGGCACGCCUCCUCCUCGACCACCUCCGGCUGCUGACCCCCAGCACCAACCUCCUGCUUCGGGCUGAUCGCAUCGAGGGCAUCCUUGCCCGCUUCCUGCCCCAUGGUCAACUGCUCUUCCUCAAUGACCAGUUUGUCCAGGGUCUGGAGAAGGAAUUCAGUGCUGCGUGGCCCCGCUGAUCCCUCACUGGGAUGGGACUUCCUGAGAGGGCAAGGAGGGAGGACAGGGAUGGGUGGACACACAGCCAGGUGAAGCUUGGCAUUGGCCUCCUUCACAACCUGCCCCCAGCUCUGGCGUGGUACCACACACAGGAUAAGUGGACAGCACAAACUGUCCAUAAUAGUGGACAGAAGAGGGUGCUGGCCAAAGGACGGUGGAGAGGAAUCCCAGAACAUCCUGUGCCUGGUGUUGCCAUGUAACUUAUUCAUACUGCUGCAGUGGGCCAGCCCUACCUGUCCUUGACCCCAGUUUCUCCCAUCUUUGGCAGCCAGCCCCCAAAACAAUCCACCAGUUGCUAGUGUUAGAGCAUAAAGAACAGAACUCAGUUCACUUUCUCCUUCUAAACCCACAGUCAGUCAUUGUAACCCAAAGGGAAUCUGAGACUCCCAGGGUCGGGGAGCUGGCUGCUGCCUUUGCACCCACUUAGGCAACAUUAUCAGUAAGGAUUUUGGGGGCACCUGGGUGGCUCAGUCAUUAAGGAUCUGCCUUCAGCCCAGGUCAUGAUCCCAGGGUCCUGGGGUGGAGCCCCACAUCCGGUUCCCUGCUCAGCAGGAAGCCUGCUCUCCCUCUCCCACUACCCCCUGCUUGUGU